AUGCGCAGGGAUGUCGGGACCGCGCCGGUGCUCCCGCCUCCCUCCCGCACAGCUCCGUCUGCCGGGCGCGCCCCGCCACUGCCGCCGCCCAUCUCCGGCCUCGGGGCGCGCCGGGGUUUCGUCUGCUCCUGGGGGUCCCAGGCGGGUCCCGGCCCGCCACUGCCGCCACCCAUCGCCCGGCCUCGGGGACCCCCGGAGCUGUGGCUGCUGCUGGGGAUCCCGAAGCGGGUCCUGGCUGUGCAGUGCCCGGUUGGUGCAGAACAGAGGGAGGAAACUGCCCCUCUGCCCACAGCACCAUCCCAGAGCCAGUGGGGCUCUGGAGAGGCUGAAAGAGGCCUUGGAUGGGAGCACAGCACAGUCCCUGCGUUAUCCACGGCAGUCCCGGGGACACUGUCAUGUCUGGGAGAUGUCCUGGGGCCCCGCUGCUGCCACCUCCCUGCGGAGAGGGGUUUCAUCCCACUUAGCUCAAGGCACAAGAGGAGUCAGGGCCGAGAAGCUGCUCCGCUCCCCAUCUCCCACUCCGGGGGAAGCCGCACGGAGCUGCCAGGGCCCCCCAUCCCCCGAAUUGCACAAAGCAGCAACAUCCUGAGAGGAGGAAGCAGGAGGGAACUACCCGCCCACAUCCCAAGGCUCAGCCCCUGGAGGGAUUUAAGCACCCCCACCCCGAGCAGCCCCAGCAGCGGUGGCAGUGGCCCGCUCUGUGCCACCAUGGUCACAGCUGGACUCUUCAUACUCAGCCUGGGAGGCUCCAUCCUGCUCCCAGCUCUGGCCCCGGCAGGCACCCAGGGGAGCCAGAUCAUCGGGGGAAAGGCGGCAGUGCCCCAUUCCCGCCCCUUCAUCGCCUCCAUCCAGAUGGACGGGCAGCACGUCUGCGGGGGCUUCCUGGUGUGGCCCAAGUGGGUGAUGACAGCUGCCCACUGCCUCAUUCCCAGGCGCAGCCCCUCGGUGCGUGUGGUGUUGGGAGCCCACCGGCUGCAGGAGCCCGAGGCAUCCCAGCAGGUCUUCAGCGUGGCCGAGUCCAUCGCCCACCCACUCUACAACCUCCGUGCCGUGGACAAUGACAUCCGCCUGCUCCGGCUGAACAGGUCGGCCACGCUGAACGAGUUCGUGAAGCGGAUCCGCCUGCCCUCACCACACAUCGACCUGAAGCCCGGCACUGUCUGCUACGUGAUGGGCUGGGGGGACACCUCCAACUUUGGAGACCAGCCCACCGAGCUGAUGGAGACCAACACCACCAUUGUCAAGCGGAGCCUCUGCCGGACGCUGUGGAGGGGCAAAGUCUCGGCCAACAUGCUGUGCGGGGCCAGCCGCAACACCACGCUGCAGGGCGUCUGCGCCGGUGACUCCGGGGGACCCCUGGUCUUCAAGAAAAAGGUUUAUGGCAUCGUCUCAUUCUCUGGGGAGAGAUGUGGGGACCGCCGCUUCCCUGACAUCUACACCAAGAUCUCCAACUACAUUGACUGGGUGCAUCACAUUGUGCGAGGGUCCCGCCAUCGGAAGGGGUGGCUGAAGCCCUAGCGUGGCUGGGAGGGAGUCCGGGGGGCAGGCAGGCUGUGGGAAGAGGGGCCGAGACGUCUCAUGGGAGAGGAGAAGAGGGCUAGAACUUCCACGUCCUCCAGCUCUGGCAGGGCUGGGAGCUGAUGCUCCGGGUUCCUUGACCCAGAUCAGGGCAGGAGCCCCCCUCUGCCCAUUGUCCCCCCUAAGCUGCACCAGAAGCCCCUCGUUCAUCCUCUCACAGUGGCGACGUUUACCUUCCUCAAUAAACCCUCA